AUGAGCGGAGUUGUUCAAGAUCCAUGCUCGUUCUCAUCGGGUCCUUCAUCACAUCAUCCCGCCGGUCCCUAUUCUACCGCGCCAUCGACGGAUGAAGAGAAAGAUAUGUGGCUAACUCUCGAUGCCAUUGUCCUUCAGUGGAUCUAUGCCACAAUCUCACAGGAUCUUCUUCACACAAUCUUGGAACCAGACUCUACAGCCGAGCAAGCCUGGACACGGCUAUGUGGGAUUUUUCAAGAUAACCGUCAUUCUUGUGCGGUUUCCCUCGAGCAAGAGUUUUCCAUCACUAUCGUGACAGAUUUUCCUAGGGUCUCGGCUUAUUGUCAACGUCUCAAAGUUCUAUCCGAUCAGUUGUAG